UGGCUUCUCGCCGUUAUUUACUUCAUAUCGGGUGUCCCAGGAGGCUAUGUGUUAUGGUAUCGGCCUCUCUACCGUGCCUUCAGAAAUGAUAGUGCAUUCAGCUUUGGAUGGUUUUUCUUGUUCUACAUGCUCCACAUACUUUUCUGCGUCUUUGCUGCAGUUGCUCCUCCUAUUGUCUUCAAAGGAAAAUCACUUGCGGGCAUACUACCUGCUAUAGAUGUGCUGAGCGCUCAAGCACUGGUCGGGAUCUUCUACUUCAUCGGGUUUGGGUUAUUCUGCCUUGAAUCAGUGGUCAGCAUCUGGGUCAUUCAGCAAGUAUACAUGUACUUCAGAGGAAGCGGGAAAGCGGAUGAGUUGAGACGGGAUGCUGCAAGAGGAGCCAUGAGAGCUGCCAUAUGAUGCAAAUCUAAUUGAAAUCAUCUCUUCUGAAGCAUUGGUUUUUUUCUUGAGCUUUUUUUUUUGUGUUUUCGUCAGCUGUUCUUAAAAGUAGUGAAAGUAAAAGCUCAUGUAUAAAAAUGUGUUUUGAGUUCAGAUUUGUUAAACAAAUGCAGACUAGUCAUUGUUUAUUGAUACUUGUUAUAUAUGACUCAAAAAUAUAUGGGAGUCUUGUUACUAA